AUGUCGAGCCAUACAGAUAGCCAGUCGGAUGAUACACGGCCACACCGACGGAAAUCAUGCGACUUGUGCUUUAGGAAGAAGAUCAAAUGUGACAUGCUGUUGCCCGUCUGCUCAAACUGCAUACUCUACAAAUCAGACUGCCGGACUAGUCUUAUCCGGCACAGGGCUGGUCGUCAGACGAAGCAGACGAGGGCUAGUGACAAGGCUGCCUCGACAGAUCCCAAGCCAACUGAACCAACUGAUGAUUUGGCCCAUCGCCUCGUAAGAAUCGAAGACAAGCUACAGGAAGUCCUGGAGAAGACAGAGCAAAGAUAUAGCACCCCAUAUGAGCUGUCCGGUGAGUCGCUGGGCCUCCCCGCCCUCGAAACACUCAAGCCUUGGGUGGACAAGUAUUUUAGCACAUUCAACGGUGCCAUGCCUCUAUUUCAGGAAAAGGUGUUUGAUAGAGUACUGUUUGCGUCCUACAACCACUCAACAACUGCAUGGUCAGCUAUCCUUGCGAUAUCAGCAAUAGGCAUUCGCAUGACGAUACCGGGAAAAGGGCUUGCUGCGGCUAGUGACUUGCCCCAGUCAGCCAAUGCAGACCAGUACGCGUGCAAGGCUCUUUCAGUCGCAUUUGAUCUGGCAAGUACCAGCGGAAACAUUCUCGCUGUACAAGUCUUGGUGGCCCUGGCCAUGUUCUUCACCUGCAUGGGCAAUAUGGAAAAGGCCAGUGCUCUCAUUGCCAUGGCGGUAAACCUGGCCCAUCGCUUGCAGUUGUAUUCCAAGCACUCGGCACAAUACAUGCAGAAAGAAGUGGCGGAGCAAAGGCACAGAGUCUUUUGGGUGUUGUUUUCCCUGGAAAAGACCAUCUCAUAUCAGACUACCCGCCCUUCCAUGCUCGCUGGAGCCGAGAUCGAUAUCCCGCCACCAUCUAACCAUCCCCUUGACGGCAAUGGCAUUGUAUGGUCUCGUGAUAGAAGAAGUAGUCUUAACUACUUCCGGAAAACCCUUGAUCUCUCUUUGGUACUAAGCGAACUGUCCCAUAUUCAUAGCAUUGCCAGCGGCUCGGAAGGUUGGGCGACUCGGCUUUCCAGAACACGGACUACUCUGGAGAACUGGUACAAGAGCAUCCCGCUGGAAUUUCAGCUAGACAAUGUCCUCUCGAACGCAAGAGAGGAAGAUAGAAUGCAACUCACGAAAUUCUACCACGCUUAUAUUUUCGCACUCUUGUCAAUGCACUGCUUCUUCAGCCCAAAGGCGAAGUGGAUGCUGCGACUGAGUCAGCAUGGCAGAGAGGCCGCUCAGAGUUAUGCGACCGAAACGAUUGGAUUUAGGGCAGUCAGGUGUCUCAGCCAAUGCGAGCCCCCCUCUGCUGAAAACUGGAGCCUGUUGCUAGAUGCAAGUCGUGGUUUCAUCAAACUAUUCGGCGAAGGCCUGAAUGCUAUUGAACCGUCCACAUGGUGCUGCACCAACACGUACAAUUCGGCAGUGGUAAUAGUCAUGGCGGAUACGCUGCUCUCGCCUUUCGAUCCAAUGGCAAAUGCGAGCAUCGUAGAAAAGGCGACAGAGUUAUCUCAGAUUCCACCUGGCAACAGCACUUACUCUCCAGCACUGCAGAUACUUCUCGGGGAGAUGUGUGGCGAUUUGCAGGCCAGCGAAAGAGUACUUCAAUCAGAUAUAUCGAGUGACUCGCAGCAGGGGAUGGUCUCAGAUCUCGACCUCUUCGAUCAACUAGAGGCUUCCGCGAUGUUGGAUAUGUCAAAUCCGUUACCUGACAAUCCAUUUUGGGAAGAAGGCAUGUUGAGCGACGACCUCCCGUUUACUCAAUUCUAA